CCGCCCGCCCGCCCGCCCCCUAUCUGAGGUGCCCGAGCCAACGGUCCGUCGCCGCCAGUGUGUGCCGCGCUUCGCCGCCGAUAACACGCUCCUUCUCCCUCCCGUGACCAGCACCCUUCAAGAUGGCCCACACGCGCUGCCUCUCGCUGCCGCUGGCACUCCUCCUGGCCGUCGGGGCUCUCUGCGUCGGGGCCAGGACGGUCUACCCGAGCGGGGGAUGCGACCCGCAGAAAAUGACUGUGUACAAAGUGCUUGUGGAGACGGCGUGGGACAGAGACGUGUUCCCGAAGCAGUAUCCCGAAUGGCGACCCCCAGCGCAGUGGUCCAAAGUCGUGGGACGUUCCCACGACUCGACCUUCUCCCUCUUCACCCUUGGGGAGGACGCGUCUGAAGGCCUCAAGAAGUUCGCCGAAUCGGGAGACACGAACCUCCUCGACGCCCACAGCCAGGGCUCCGGGGGCGUCAUGGAUGAAUUCAACGCCCCCCCGAUCCCGCAGGGCGUUGGGGAGACAUCAGCUGACUUCUUCGUUGAUGGGAAUCACUCGAAGGUGUCGCUGAUCUCUCGCGUUGUGCCUUCUCCUGACUGGUUCAUCGGCGUGGACUCCUUCGACCUCUGCGUGGAAGGGAAGUGGGUGGAGUCUGUCGUGCUUGAGCUGGACCCGCUCGACGCCGGCACCGACAACGGCUUCACCUUCACGUCACCGAACUGGCCGACCAUCCCGAAGAAGCCCGUGAGCCGAAUUACCGCCCAGACGCCCGACCACCCCGCCAACUCCUUCUACUACCCCGACCGCACGGAGCACCCGCCCAUCGCUACCAUUCGCAUCUUCAAGAUCAAGGAGUACGAACUGGCGCGCGUGUACAACCCUUCUCUCGCCCGCUCCCCCGACCGCCGUUACCGCACAGGAAGCAUUCCCACGACCCCUGAACUCGAGGAAACCAGAGACCCAGAAGUGAGUAACGAGAUCCUCCCAGCUACCACGCCUACUACCACCACCACCACUACCACGGAGGUCCCCAAGCAUGCACUCAUCAACACGAUUGUUGACAAAUACAGGAAGAAGUUUAGAAAGAACAGGAAUGGCAGAAAAAUGGCAACUCGCCGUAGGCGUGGCCCUAGGGAUUGCCGUGUGAGCGAGUGGUCAGAGUGGUCCUCCUGCAGCAAGACCUGUGGCAUCGGUGAUCAGAUCCGCACCCGAACUGUCCUGAGGCACUCGAGGCGUGGAGGACGCCCUUGCCCCAACCUGCAGGAGACCCAGUGGUGCGGUUCCUCGAGAGACUGCGACCACAGAUACUUCAACUGGUAGACUACGAAUUGGAAGACGAGGGAUAUGAAGAGAGAGAGAGAGAGAGAGAGAGAGAGAGAGAGAGAGAGAGAGAGAGAGAGAGAGAGAGAGAGAGAGAGAGAGGCUGAAUGACUGUCUGUAUUAUAUUCUAUGUUAAUCAUAUGAUAAUAAUCAUAAAUUAGUGCGCAUACAAACCUACACGUCCAUGUAACUAUAAGUUAGUGAGAAAACAAGAACAACAACUUUAUUUUGCAUAUUUAAGUUUGAUUAACAAGCGAAAGGGUUUUUGGAAAUUGAAAAAAAAACAAGAACAAAAAACAGUAUGUUCAUUUGGCUUACCAGUGACUUUAAUGGAAUAUCGUUAAAAUGUAAAUUGUAUCAUGAAGUGCCAAAUUGAAAUUCCUCCGAAAAUAACUUUUGUAAAUUAAUUGUCACAGUUGUUAAUAGGUAUGCACAUUUCUGCUUAAUUUUAUACGA